AUGUCCAUGAACCGCAGCAGUAAAGGCUGCUGGACCUGCCGCAUUCGCCACAGAAAAUGCGACGAGAAACAACCAGCAUGUCGCGAAUGCACUGAUCGCACGAUUCCGUGCCACGGCUAUGGCCCCAAACCAAAAUGGAUGGACAACGAGUGGAAAUUGCAGGCGGAAUUAUCUCGAAUAAAGAGGACGGUAAACUCCAACUUUCGGCGGAAAAGGAAGCAGCAGGCUGCCCAAGGCCGAGUCGAGACUCAAGACGCUUCAAGUCCAGACUGUCCAGACUCCCCGUCUGAUGGCCUCGUAGGACCAGCAUCGCAGUAUAAUGCGACAACUACGCCCGAGAUGACUUUUCGGGAAGCACAGCUCUUGGUCCACUACCUAGACUACAUAUUUCCUCUGCAGUACCCGUAUUACAAGGAUGAACCAUCUCUCGGGGGUAGAGGCUGGCUCUUCUGGCUUCUCAUGAAACGUGGUCCUCUUCAUCAGGCGGUCCUCACACUCUCAGCACUGCAUCAUCAUACGCAAAGUGCAGAUGCUUCUGGAGAUCGAGAAUCGGAACUAAUAGAGCACCAUACUAAUGCUUUGCAACGGCUGAGACAGGUCCUUCGGGACUGCGACAUGGAUCAGUUUGCCGAGUCCCGAGAGCAGAUGGUAGAGUUUUUGGCUUGCGGCUCGGCACUCAUCAGUUUUGAGCUCUUUCGAGGAGGUUUAGACAAUUGGCAGCCGCAUCUACAUGCUCUGACGUCCGUCGUCAACAAGAUCCUGGUGCCUCAUUCGUCGUCGAAUCACGAAUUUGGUGAUGGAGUGGAUAAGGCGCAGCCAUUUCUCGUCACAAAAGUGCUCUGGCUGGAUAUCCUCGCCUCCACAGCUACCGGGACAGCACCGCAAACAAGGUAUCAACAGUGGUUAGAGCUAGAUCAAAUCGACAUGUCGAGAGUAAUGGGGUGCAGGAACUGGGUGAUGAAGGCGAUUGGGGAUGUAUCCUCCAUUGCGGCACGGAGGACGAGAUCCGGCUUCUGUAAGUCGGAUGAAUUGCAGCUUAAAGCUAUCGAGCAGGUGCUGGAGGAAGGCAUUGAGCGGAUGAAAUUGGGCGAGGCAAACCGACAGUCGUUGAUUUACGCCAUCACAAAGGUGUUCGCGACAGCAGCACUGGUCCAAGUCGACACAAUACGAAAUGCUUCACCACCGCAACUGAAAGUCUACCAGCGAGUGGAUCGAAUGAUUGAAGCGAUGGAAUGCCUUCCACCUGGUGUGACCUUUCGGGGUUUGGCGUGGCCGAUUGCUACUGUUGGGGCCGUAGCUGCCCAUGACCAGCAGAGCUUCUUUGAGAAAGCUAUGCAAAAUGUGCUGGACACGUCAAGCUCGGAGUUUACGAACUGUGGGACAGUUCUUGAUGUGCUUAGACGGUGCUGGCAUCAUCGAAGCGAGGGAGGAGACAUAUGGACGUGGCAAGAGGGCAUGACUUCAAUGGGGAUAUGUGCACUUCUUCUAUGA